CCCUCAUUCUGAAGACAUUCACUCUUGGAGACACUUUCUUCUCACUAGCAAAUUCACUUGACAACUCACUGGCUUCAUCUAAGGGAAUCUAAUGGAUCUACAAGGGUAUUUCAACAGGAUUGGGUUUACUGGCCCAUACGACAAACCUGAUCUGGACACUUUACGCACCAUCCAUAAGCUUCAUGUUAUGACUAUUCCCUUUGAGAACCUCAGCAUCCAUUGUGGGGAGAAGAACACGACGGACCUGCACAUCAUCUAUGAUAAAUUAGUCAAGAGCAAUCGGGGUGGCUGGUGUUGUGAAAACAACCUCUUGUUCUCAUGGGUCCUAAAGGAGAUGGGUUACAAAUACACCACACUAGGCUCCAAGGUGUUUAACAAGUUCCAAAAUGAUUUCUACCACGUGGACUCCCAUCUCAUCAAUAUGGUGGAGAUUGAUGGGAAGCAUUACAUUACUGAUGUGAGCUAUGGAGUGUCGUGCCAACUGUGGUAUCCCUUAGAGAUGAUCUCGGGUAAAGAUCAGCCGCAGCCACCAGGUGUUUUCCGCCUACUUAACAAUGGGGAGACAUGGGUUCUGGAGAAGACCUCAAGAAAGCAAGUGGUCAAAGAUAAGGUCUAUGCUAAUUCUAGCCUUAUUGACAAGCGCCUGACAAAGAUAAUGUAUUGCUUCCCAUUAACACCCCGUGACAAAGAACAUUUUGUAGAAACCCUGGAUUGCUUGCAGACCAGCCCAGAUUCUCGGUUUGUGCUAAAGUCCAUUUGCUCCCUUCAGACACCCAAUGGCUUCAGAGCUCUGAUUGGCUGGACUUACAGCGAGAUCAUAUACAACCCAGAAGAGGACUCUGACUUGGUGGUCAUGAAGGAAAUCCCUGACUGUGAAAUAGAGGCUGUGCUUCAGGAAAAGUUUAAUGUGGUGUUAGUUAAUAAGUUCACACCUAAAAACAACAAAGCUAAUUAUUGCAUGUAAUACUUAGAAGUGCUGUACUAUGGCCUAUAAGUUAUGCAUAAGUAUGCAUCUUGCAUCUUAAGUAUUGUCAAGCAUCUUAAUGGACAAUGCUUGUCACCAGAGAGGGAAAAAAUAAAUGUAAAAACUCUCAAAAUAAAUAAAUAAAUAUAAAAUAAAUUUAAAUAUAAAUACACUGUAAUGCCCUCAAAAAAAAAAAAAAAAACAGCUUUCAAAGGAGAAAGAUGCUUGUGUACCA